AUGUUGGUAAGUUUUGGUGGUUUGCGGUACAAAAACUGCUGAGAACCUAACAGAGGAAAUGCUCUCGGUGGCAGUUUCCGAUCUUACUGAAACUUGGAUAGGAUCAUAUUAAUUUUUUCAGGCCCAAAUUUGAACGGGGAAGCGAAUCUUUACAUAAAAAAUCAAUCAAUUUUUAUUGAUGAAAACUGGAAGGAUAUUCUUAGGACUUUUGUGAUAUUUUAAAAAUUCACAGAUUAGUCGUAAAAUGACCUCAAUCCUAUUUCAGGACUGUACCAGCUUUGUGAUAUCUUUCCUCACCUUUCGUUUCAUCAACUCCUCCUUCUUCUUCGACCAUUUCUUUGAUAUUUUCAACCACUAUUCGUUCUUCUGGUCACCCUUCAAAUUCAUCGUAUAUCAGGUCAUCUUUAUGAGCCAUAUAACACCGCUUUUAAUGGCUGUAAAUCGAGCGACAAGUUUGUGUUUUCCCGUAAAAUACGAUGCAAUUUGGCGGAAUUAUUCACUGAUUAUUGGAUGCGCUUACUUAGUGCUCCCGACAACACUGACAUGGCAGUUGCUAUUCAAGCCCGCAGGGCUUUUUUUGUCUGGAAAUAAGAGUGAUGGACAUUUGGCGUUGGAUUACGAUCACAGUUAUACAUUUGGUGUAGGUUAGUAUGUAGUGAUAGUCGCUUUUUAAUAAUGUUUACCCAGCUCAGAACUAAAGCAAUGACUGAGUCAUUCGUUUACCAAUAGUACAUACUGUUAUUAUGUCUCUAUUUUUAGCCCCGAAUGUCAACAGCACUGUUUUGGUAUUCUAUGGGAGCUGCAUUCUUAACACUGACUUGUAAUCUAAUGUGUGCUAUAAAAUUAAUUACUCAUAAAUUCACUAAUCGAGCGUUGAGGAAGAAUAAUGUGAGAAUGGUGAUCUGUGCGAUGAUCGUGUUCGUGAACGAAGCGUUAGUAAUGAUUUCACAGGUUAGUUUGAUUAAUAAAAAUAUAAAAUUUUAGCUAAUUGUCAGCGAAGAGCUUCUCGAUCCAGACCUCACAAUGCGAGUUGUGAUCCCAUUUAUAUUUGACGUCCACAGUCUGAUGCCUGCUCUUAUUAUUAUUUGUACCGUGCCGCAGCUUCGGAAAGUUGCCGCUGGAGGACUAUUUAGGGAAGAUUCGGUGGAGAAAAGUCUGUUCGUUACCAGACCUUCCGUCAAACCGCUAAAUCCGCUAAAUUCCUUAAAGUCAAAUUAA